GUUCUCCACGGCAAUCGACUCCGCUUGGUCGAAUUACAUACAGAGGACACCACUCUCGAGAUCCUCAGCCCUAAACGCCAACAUCUACGGCCGUGCCGACUCGGGCCUGGCCGUGACUCGUUGCAGUCUUAUGCUUGUAGACCGCAUAAUCCACGUCCGCGGGAAAAAGAGGGUAGUAAGCACCGGAAGAAGCACAACCGCGGGAUACUGCUAACCUCCUGACUGUUAAAUAAGGGUACCACCAAGGAAGCUGGCAGUAAGUUGUCCUCUAUAGUUGCUGAUGAACAUCAGCUCCGCGAAAAGGGUAGAGAGCAUGCUGAAGCCAUCCAAGAACGAGCAUCAAAGCGCGGCAACCAACAGGCUGCUGCUGCUGCUGCUGCUGCUGCUGUUGCUGCUGCUGCGGGGAAGGGGAAGCGCAAGGGGGCGGGCGCAGCACUCUUCGACCCUCUAGCAUUGACUCACGAUGGCGGGACGAGAAGCGGGACUACCUCAGAGGCUUCGCGCGAGGAACAGCGCGCUGGAGUUGAUCCAGAAGGACCACGUGUUGAUGGAGCGAGUACGGGUCAUGCUGGGGGCGAGCGCUGCAGACCAGGCAGCAGCUAAGGAGGCGGCGGGUGGACCGCGUACACGACAGCGCUCGCCACAGCGGCGGAAGCGGGGGGAGCACACGUGUCCUGACCCCAACCUGUGCCACCCUGGCAACCGGUGCAAGCCCGCUGAGCCUGGUGGAGUGAGCUUUGCCGAGCGAGCCAAGAGUCUAGGCAUUCGGUACGAGACUUUCAGCGACGCACGUGUGCGGAUGCACAACACGAACCACGACAUCGCCCCCAGGAUGGCUGUGAGUGACGGGUGCUACGUGUACAACGAGCGCAAGACACGGAGUGACGUGACGAAUCCCGAGGUCAUGGUGACGUGA